AUGGUUCAGGUUGUCUCGAAGUCUAAAGACUAUAGGCUUCUCGUUGUGGCGCCGAACACUCAUUAUCACUUUGCUCUGGCCAUGCCACGCGCCAUCCCCCAAUUCAGUCAGUACCCAACCAACAAGUUUGAGUUCAUACUCGGCGCCGCCAGCUCGCUAGAUGCGAACAGCAACAGCUUUACCGUCACGUUAAACAAAGGUGGUCAAAAGGCCGUCAAGUACGACCACCUCAUCAUCGCCACAGGUUCGUAUGCUAAGGAUGGAAUGCCGUGGAAGUUGGGCGCCAGUGCUGGUACCACCUUGGAUAGCUUGCACUCAGGUGGCGGCCUGACGGGAACAAAGACGGCUGGCGAGCUUGGGUUCGAAUAUGCCAGUCAGGGCAAGAAGGAGGUUAUCUUCAUCUACAACGACGCACUGCCACUGCCUUCUGAUGUGCUGGAGAACGUGCGUAAGCAAGCUGUCACUGAGCUCACGAACCUGGGCGUCAAGAUGAUGCCGAAGACAAAUGUUACUGACGUCACAACUAAGUGUGCGAAUACGAUCAUCAAGAUGCGUGGCAGCGGUGGAAUGAUAUCAUCCGUUAUGGUGCAACCCUACAUUCUGACCCUUGGACUGUCGCCCAACAUAGCCUUUGUACCGGCUAGUAUGCGCAACGCAGGCGGUUACCUCAAGCAGACGACGACGCUACAGGUAGAGGGCCACUCAAAUAUCUUUGCCGUAGGUGAUGCAGGCAGCCUAGAACCCAACAGAGCGACGCACACAGAGAGCUGGGCGACUCACUUAAUCAAGAACUUCCCAACGAUUCUGGCGGGAGGCCAGAUGCCUUGCCUGAGUACGCUCUUACUAGUGUGGUACUCAAAAGGAUGGUUCCUGUUUACAAACAUUGCUCCGGCCAUGUCCAUGGGGAAAAGGAUGAUGAGCAUUAGCUUUGAGAAAUAA